AUUAUCUUAAUUCUAAAAUUUAAAAUUAUCCACAGUUAGCAAAACUAAACGUUGAGGUAUAAUAUGCUUAGGAUUUAAGCAACAUGGUAGGUAGGGCUCAAAUUCUUGCCGCCACUCCAGACCCAUUAACCACUUAGGGCUUUGGUUGGACCGAAAAGCCCAUCUCUGUUUCUGCUUUUGCUUUCUACCUAGGGUUUAGAAAUUUUCUCUCGUCUUCGGUUCGGAAUUUUCUUUUUGGAGAUGCAACUGACUCUUGAGUUCGGUGGUGGGCUCGAGCUUCUAUGUGAGUCAGUAAAAAUCCAUAGUGUAAAUGUUGAUCCACAAGUUGGUGAAGAGAAGUUAACUAUGAAAGAUUUGCUCUCUUGGGUUCGUGCCAAUUUGAUCAAAGAGAGGCCUGAGAUGUUCAUGAAAGGAGAUUCUGUGAGACCUGGGGUUCUGGUCCUUGUCAAUGAUUGUGAUUGGGAGCUGAGUGGCCAGCUUGAUACUACAUUAGAAGAGAAGGAUGUGAUUGUUUUCAUCUCAACCCUGCACGGUGGAUAGUAUCAUGAUUUUGGUGUUCAUGAUCUGUGUUAAGUUCAUGAUUAGAGACAAAUGUUGACUAUUUCUCCAAUACUUAAAUUCUGUGUCUCAGUGACUCUAUGUUUUUGCUCAUACAUAGAUGAGGCAGGCGUGUUACUCCAAAAUGUCACAAUAACUAUAAUCUGAUUAUCAGAUUGAAUUUUGAAUGUAAAAUCUCUCUUAGGGUGACUUUUCAGUAGGUAUUACAGUGGUCAUUGAUUUUCAGUCUUUUGGUUGGAAUCUGUAGGUGUUUUGAAUGACAUUUUGCCCAUUUAGUAGGUAUUAACAAUGCUCUGGGGAAUUUUAUUGAAGAUGA